AUGGCAUUUAAAUUUGUUGCUCUGUGUGCCCUAUUGGCUGUUGCCGCUGCUCAGCAUUACGACCCACAUUACUACCAACAGCCCCAAUACCAUGCUCAACCAGCACUGUUGAAAACCCUUCAGCCUGCCUUGGUGAAAACAGUUCAACCCACCCUGGUUAAAAGCUACCAACCAGCUCUGGUGAAAACAGUGAAACACGUUGAAUACCCAGAUGCUCCCGCCGAGUACCAAUUUGCUUACGAAGUUCAUGAUGACCAGACCGGAGAUGUCAAAAGCCAACAAGAGGAACGUCAUGGUGACAAUGUCAAGGGAGUCUACACUCUGAUUGAUGCUGAUGGAUUCCGUCGCAUCGUGGAAUACACAGCCGAUGACCAUAAUGGAUUCAACGCCGUUGUCCGUCGAGAACCACUAGAGGGACACAAAGUUAUUAAGGCUGUAGCCCCAGUUGCUAAGCUCGCCUACGCUCCGGCUCCCGUUCAACACUAUCAGCCAGCUCCGGUUUACAACUAUCAGCCCGCUCCAGUACAGCACUACCAGCCAACCGUAGUCAAAACCUUCGCUGCUCCAGUUGCUAAGGUAGCCGUUCCUGCCGUCACCAAGGUUGCUCUUCCGGUUGCCAAGGUAGCUUAUGCCCCACACCCGGAUACUGUUAACCACGUUCAGUUCAGUGGACAUUCCACCAACUACAACUACUAA